UUGGAGAACGAAGUAAUGGUAGAUCCUUGGAGCAGCAUGGACUCAUCGAAUUCGCCAUUAACCGAUUCCGGGCCUUCGGCAAGUGAAGACUGCACUCCCUCCACUUCCAGUGAACCGCCUCGCAGGCAAUCAGAUGUGUUUCCGAUCUCGCCGGACGCGCGCCGCUUACCCGACCAGAAAGACACCAAAUCGAAAACAUCAGCUCCAUCAAAAACAACAGACAAGGCGCGCUCGCGAGAUCUCACUCUUGAACUAGAGACCCUCGACCCAGAUCCCCGACAACGCCGGCCGCAUUUCCUCGACGAUGAUUAUCAGCCGCCUUCCAGAUCAAACAUAGAAUGUCGAAUUCCCAAACCUCAUUUUCUUGAUCAUUCCCCUUCGCCUGAUGAGUUAGACGAACGCAGUGACAUAACCAACCCAAACUUCCUGGACGAUGAAGUCGACGGCGACGACAGUCAAGCACAAAAGAAAGGCGGGGCGUUACCCAAAAAAACACAGAAAACUACCACGAACUAUACGCCGCAAGAGGAGCGACCGCAUAGGACCAGUUAUAGAAGUACGUUACAUUACGGGUUGGAAAAUGCGGCAAGAUCUAGUGAAAGAGACAAAAGAGCGUCUCAACUCUACAGGGGGACCUGGCCAGGAGAGCGCGACGUCUGGACAGGUCAUGACUCCGUAAGCGUUCGUAGUUUCUCCAGCAAUGGUUCCACAGAGGGGCAUAGACCUUCAUCCAAUUUAGAAAACAAAAUGGAGUGUGUCUGUUCAUUAAUAUCGCUCUUAAGUUUAUCUCCAGAGAAUAAUGCUGAUUUAAGUGGGCCUCUCUUGGAGAUGAGCCGUUCCGUAGAAAGCUGUAUUGCCAUGAGGCAAGCUGGAUGCAUACCUCUGUUAGUGCAGUUAAUUCACUCGAAAGUGCCCAGAGAAACUAGAGAUCGCGCUGCAAAAGCGUUACGAAAUAUCAUUCACACUCAAACUGACGAUAAGGCGGGAAGAAGGGAAGCGAGGGUGUGGAGGUUAUUAGAGCAAGUAAGAGAAUAUUGUUACGUUUUAGAAGACCUUGUAGAAGCUAGGAAAGAGGGGAAAGAAGUUAUAGAAGACGAUGCGACUAAGCAUCCGAGUCAGAGCGUCGCGGCCCUGAUGAAAUUGUCGUUUGACGAGGAGCACAGGCACGUGGUGUGCCAGUUCGGUGGGCUACAGGCGUUAGCCGCGCUCGUCAGCGGUGACCAGGCGGCGCACGGAAGCAGAACUGACGACAACACAUGCCUCACCAUGAGGAAAUACGCGGGCAUGACACUAACGAACCUAACGUUUGGAGACGGAAACAACAAAUCAUUACUAUGUUCUUUCAAAGAUUUCAUGUUGGCGCUGGUUGAACAACUGGAAUCGCCCAAUGACGACAUGCGUCAGGUAACGGCUGCUGUAUUAAGAAACCUGUCAUGGAGAGCAGACACCAACAGUAAACAAGUACUAAGGGAAGUAGGCGCGGUCAAAGGGCUUACGAAAGCUGCGAUGACUUGUCAAAAAGAAGCUACACUCAAAUCAGUCCUAUCGGCUCUAUGGAACCUAACGGCUCAUUGCUCCAUGAACAAAGUGGCUUUGUGUUCCGUGGACGGAGCCCUGGGAUUCCUCGUGGACAUGCUCAGCUACAAUUCACCGACCAAAACGCUAGCCAUCGUGGAGAACGCAGGUGGUAUAAUGAGGAAUGUGUCGAGUCACAUUGCCGUCCGCGAAGAUUACAGACAAAUUCUCCGCGAGAGAAAUUGUUUAAGUGUCUUGCUGCAGCACCUGAAAUCUCCUAGUUUGACAGUAGUUAGCAACUCGUGUGGUACACUGUGGAAUCUGUCUGCGAGGUGCCCUCAGGAUCAACAGUUCCUCUGGGACCACGGGGCGGUCCCCAUGCUUAGAAGUCUCAUUCAUUCGAAACACAAAAUGAUAGCUAUGGGCUCGAGCGCCGCUCUUAAAAACCUACUAAAUUCGAAACCCGGCAAAACGCAUAUAAUAUCAUUGGACACAACAGCGAGGAAUAUGAACUUACCAGCCUUACCGACGCUCGGUGCAAGGAAGCAAAAGGCUUUAGAGCAAGAGUUGGACCAAAACUUGGCAGAAACUUGCGACAAUAUAGAACCGGCGACUUCUCCUACGACUAGCAAUAGGGAAGAGAAGAAUUUGUUCACGGCAACGGAGAGACAAAUUGCGAUGAACUUAGAGAGGCACAGGAUGACGUCGAGUUCACCGCUAAUGGGCACGCUGACAUCACAGAUAUCACUGAGCCACAGCGCGCAUUUGGCGAGUUACCUUAGUUGUAGUAACACGCUGUUGAAAGGCGCUUUGGUGACGCGAUCUUCAACGGGCAGCGCGGGGAAUGUGAACAGGUCUGAUAGUAAAGACUCGGUCACGAGCACUCAUUCAGACUCGGUAUUCGAAAGGGUCAUGCGGACCGGUAAAGUUCCUGUACCCACACCAAGAAACAAAGACUUGAUGAAGAGCGAAACAGGCGGCGAAGCGUUUAAAAUGUCUUCGAAGAGAUUACCGAAAGACAAUUAUCUUAGAUACCCGUCACAACCACCCAUCCCUCCUCCGAGAAGUUCGACGGAAAUGAGAACCAACUAUACAGAAUCUGGUUUUGACGUCGACCAGGAUUCGUGCGACCAACCUAUUGAUUUCAGUCGAAAGUACUCGGAGACAAAGAACACUGAAGUUGAAACGGAGAAACCUAAAGCAGAAACCAGUAAGAAGUACUCCAAGAAAGAGAACGCCGGCUAUGGCGACUAUCAGGAGACCGAUCUCGACCAACCUACUGAUUAUUCCUUGCGUUAUGCCGAACACCAAUCGGAAACUGGUUCUGAUAUAUCGGAGCCUCCCGGACCUUCAGUGCACGAGGACACCAUUAAACACUUCGCGACCGAAGGAACGCCUUACGAAACUCCCAUUAUAUUCUCAACGGCUACCUCCAUGUCCGACCUUAGGGUCAUCGGGAAAGACGGUAAAGCUAAAACAGCUGCAAAUAUAAAGGAAAACCCCGAGGCUAUGACUCAUUCGGACGAGAAAGAUACUUGUUCUAUAGAAGAUCCUCCGAACCAUGAUAACGAUAGGGCAGCAUCUACUCCUCAAGCUACUUCGGCAUCAGAGCCCGUUAGUGAGAAGAGGGUGUUCGACACCAAAUUUAGCUCGGGGAUGAUAAGUCCCGAAAAGCCGGUUAACUACUGUGAUGAAGGCACUCCUGGAUACUUCUCCAGGGUCAGUUCGUUGAGUAGUUUGGGCGAGCCGACUGAGGAAGACAGCCUGGCGAAGAAGAACGCCAUGGCAACCAUCAAUGUAGAGCCGAGCCCGCCAGAGACUAACACUAGCAGCUCCGCUAAAGACAAAGAAGGGUCUAAAGCGGUGACAUUCGCAACGGAGCCGGUUGCGAUCGGCUCGCAAGCAGAGGCGCCCGGCCGCACGUCCGGUCCCAUAUCCGGGCCGGCUUCAGCUCAUGUGUCGGGCCAGGUGUCCGGGAUAGCGUCCGGACAAGUGUCCGGGAUCGCGUCCGGACAAGCGUCGGCGCGCACGUCCUCUCCCGCACGCUUCGUGGAGGACACUCCGCUCAUGUUCUCGCGCUGUAGCUCGCUCGGGUCGUUGCCGGAGUGCUCGCAGCAUGACGACCAGGGAUCCGUGGUCUCGGAAGUCAGCCGGCUGACGUCCGGGUGCAUCUCCCCGAGCGAGAUCCCGGACUCUCCGGGCGCGAGCGCGCCGCUGUCGCCGCGCACGCGCGCCGCGCCCGCGCACUACACCGCGCCCUCCACGCCGCCGCAGGAGCCGCACAUGGCGGGCUCGGUGUUCGAGGAGCGCGUGUCGCGGUUCGUGGUGGAGCACACGCCGGCGCAGUUCUCGGCCGCCACCAGCCUCAGCAGCCUCACCAUCGACGACGAGCCGCAUGCACACAAGCAAUCCCUGAAAUUGCUAUCGAGGAAAGCACCUCAAGAGGGUCCUGGCGAAACCUCCGUCUCAAACGAAACGAGAGAAGUGGAUGAUGCGGAGAUCAGAGACCAAAUUCAACCUUUGUCGUCGCAUUUCACCUCCAAUGCGCAAAUUAAAGAAUCGCAAACACCGGGCGAUGUGUGCAAGGUGUACUUCACGGAGGACACGCCGGCCAUACUGUCCAAAGCUGGCAGUAACUCGAAUCUGUCCGCGCUGUCCAUCGAGUCCACGCCGGCGGGCGCGCGCCGCGACGACACCGCGCAUGAACACGAACAUGCGCGCGAACACGAACACGCGCCCGAGCACGAACACGCGCCCGCAACACACGACGCGCACGAUACAUCAGACAGUUCUAAUCUCAGUGACGCUGCAGAUUUACUGGAGGAGUGUAUACAGAAGGGCAUUGCUAAGGUGGUGAAGAACAAAGGGCCACCGUCCGAGUCAUCGUCCAUCGCGCAUACAUAUAGAGACGACGUUUACAGAUCGCUCCCGCCGUACUUGCGCUCGUCGACAGAGACUGUGAAGAUGUCGCACGAAUUUUCGCGAAACAUGCGAGAAAGUUCGGAGAGCGAGGCGCCGCCGCUGCCGCCCAAGAGCGGCGCCGCGCCCCCGCCGCGACCCCCGCCGCCGCACCACGCAGGGCGUAAACACGAGAGUCGGUUACCUGUGAAGACGCAGCGUGGAUUUCGGGAGAAACCGAAGUUGCCCGCCACCUCCAAUCUCGCCAGGAACGACUCCCUCAGCUCACUCAGUCUCGACUCGUUCGGCUCCACCGACAGGGAGAUCUUCGAGGAGACGGUCAAGGCGGGUCUCAACCCACGUCCGAGGCAGACCUCAGACAACAAGGGCAAGCCGCACUUCGACCGGCACGCCCGCCUGCACAAGUCGCUGGACCGCAGCGACAAGCUCUCGCACCGGCCCAAGCCGCGCCGCAUCGAGCAGGACCUCGCCGGCCUGUCCCCCGGCUCGCGGCGCCAGCCCGCGCCCUGCAGCCUGCCCGACCGCUCCUCGUCGCUCAGCUCGCUCAGCAACGACUCGUUCGGCUCCACCGACAAGGAGGUGUUCGAGCGCUGCGUGCGCCAGGGCAUGCGCCGCACCCGCCGCGAGCGGCGCGACGCGCUGCACCGCCUCGCGCAGGACGACUACUCGCUGCUGCAGGAGGUCAUCGCGCGCGGCGCCGACCCGCGACAGGCAAAAAACGUCCUCGCGCCGCCUGCGGACCGCGCGGCCGCAGGCGGGCGCGCACCCUCCGCGCACACCCCCUCCCCCUGCACGCCCCCCACUGGCUCUGACGCGCGCGCGCUGCAGCGCUCCAACGAGUGCCUCGCGCCGCCCUCCGGCAACACCACCAUCGAGUCGGAGCGCGACGAACUCGAUCGCUCCAACGAGUCCUGCGCCGACGUGCUCGACGGCUCCUGGAGCGACGGCGGCGAGCCCGAGCGGCAGAAGGACGCCGACCCGCCGCCGCUCCCGCCUCCCGCCCGGACCACCCUCGAGUGGACGGACAUCAGGACAGACAGGCACUUGGACGAGUCAAAGCGCAGCAACACAGACACGUGGAACGACAACACGUGCCCCGAUGACGUGACGUUCCCGACGAUCAGCGGGUCGGUGCAUCUAACCUCGUCCAUCCGUAGCGAAGUGGCAGCUCUACCCGACCUACUCGAGAAGAGUGGUCCACCGAACAUGUCCUUCUCGAGACCGGAUCUCACCGACAAGUUGGACGAGGAUCAUCAUCUGAUCCCCAGCCUGCAUAUCAUCGAGGACGCUGACAAAAUACUGCUUGACAACGUACCCGAACCGAGCUUCACCUCGCUGGUCGAUGAUGAACACAAAUUCGACUCUAUUAUAUCCGCAGCGAUAGAAAAGGAAGCUGCUAGACUAGCAGCUCAAUUAAAAAGUUCACAGUACGCAAUGGAAAACAGUGUAACGUCACUCAAUUCUGUCGACUUGGACAACAUAAAGCCACCCUCACAUCUUGGCAGUCUUUUGUCUCUGAGCGCAUGCUCAAUGGGAAGAACCGUCUCAAGUAUCGAAAAGUCGCAACGGAGUCGUAAGAAGUCGCUACCGGUCGCGUUCAUGGUGAAACGUGCUCUUAGCAACUCGAUGAAUCAGGGAAGCUCUGAGCACUUGGAUAGCAAUCCGGUCAGUUUUCUCGAUAACGUCAAACCGCCUUCUGAGAUGGAAAACAUCGACAUGGAAGGCAGUAUGAUAUCGGUAUCGAGUAUAGUAUCGGAAGUGGCUGAAGUCAGAGAUAAGACUCCCAUAGUGUUCGACUUCAAACAACCCGUACAGGACUUCCCGCUGUGCAAUACGUUCAACACGGUGUUCCACGACCUCGACAAGGUGAACCCGCCGUCUCUGUUCGAUGAGAUGGCGGAAUCCACGCUGGAAAUCGAGCAGACAACCGCGCAGCAAGUGGACGACUGCGUGUCCAACACACUGAACGUGGUCACUGAUAUUCCUUCGGGUUCGGAAAACUGCACUCCUCUACCUUCUGACAUUAGCAGCGUUGAAUCCACUCCAAAGAGACAACGGGAUCCCAAUUACCUAACGCCGAAGGAGAAAAGGCACUUGUCUAAAGAUAGAUAUCAGACUUACACGAUAACUGAUCCCGUAGCGGAGACCAGCGCCGUCGCAGAAGUCGAAGAGGAGUUCGUUACUUGGACGAAAUCGGAGAGUGACCGCUCCGAUGACUACGUCACGGCGACCUCUGAACCUAAGUCGAGAAGAAAACUCAGCGCGAAACAAAGAAGAAUGGAAGACAGAGCUAGGUAUCAAACUCAGACUGUAGACAUACACAACAUUCUAACACAAGAGACACACAAUAAAGUUGAUCCGCAUAUCGAAAGUCUAAAGCAGCGAUUGGCAGCUAAAAAGACGCUCAAACAGAAGCGCAUGGAAGACGCGGAGAGGUUUAGAACUAGGACGAUAAGCGAGGACAUACCUCCGUCACCGACGUUUGUCACCAAGGAUGCUAACUUUGAGAACGUGGAGACGACCACAGGGUACGACAGUUUGUCGUCAAAUGAGCUGAACCAUCAACAGAUCCAUGAUGACAGGGCUCCAGAAGACGACGUGUUCUCCAGAGAUGUUGACAGCGGACACAACGAAGACGACUUUGAAUUAAAUUCCACACAAAUGGAAACCUACACGAAAAGCUUCAGAAAUUACUUACCAGUCAUCGAAAGUCCAGCUUCUGUGGACAUGUGUGUGGUCAAUAAUUUAAAGAACAUAGAAAUGACGGCAUCUUUUCGCCGAACAUUACAGAACGACAAAAACCAGAACCCCAGUAGCAGUGACUUCGCAAGCUAUGAAGGAGAUAGCAACUCUGAGGACAAAGCACAAUCUGAAUCAGACCCCGAGACGCCUAGACCAAAACCAAAGAUUAUAAAACCUACCUCUCGAAGAGACGAGAGCUUGGACUCGAAUGAUUCUUUGGAGAAAGAGGAGGCACCCAAGGCUAUCAGGGGUAGAAAGAAGGCUAUGUAUGUGUCACCAUACAGAAGAAGUGCUCCGCCUCCCAAAAAACCUUCCGCACCUCCGGUCAAACCGCCAUCUAAAAAUACUCCAGUUACAAAAGGAACACCAAGUUCCGUUAAAGCUCAUACUAGUGCCAAAAUACAAAACAAAACUGCCUAUAAACCUCCUAGCGCCACUACAUCGCCUAAGAAAUCUGGGCCCAACAAGUCUCCAUUGAAGACCGUUCAACAAAAGCCUAUAACAAUACCGCCGGUCGCGGCGAAGCCUUUGCCAUUAGAACGACAAGGCACCUUCACAAAAGAGGAGAGCUCAGUGCCGGCGAAAGACUUGCCUGUUCCGGACAAAAAGGCUAGUGCUCCGAGGCCGACUAAAAGUGCACCAGCUGCGAAACUAACUAACACUUCCCCCUCCAGACUGCCCCAACUAAACCGGUACACAAGACCACCGGUCGCCAAAACCCAAAAACAACCAAAUAAAACAGUAAAAAAAACUGAACCGGUGAUGAAAAACUCACCCUCUAACCACAGCUUACAAAGCAAUGAAAGUGGGAAGACGAUUACAAUUGCAUCGCGCAGUUCGCGGCAAGGCAGCACCUCUAGCGUCAACUCUAUAACUUCAAAGACAAAAGAUGUAGAAAGUAAAAUCGCUAAUCUGUGGAAGAAAGUGGAACAGGCGAAAAAAACACCAGGAAAAAGUGAUAAAAAAGUUUGGAUCGAGAGUGACAAAACAGAGACGCCAAGACUUAUAAGGAGUUCCACUUUCGAAGGGCAGCCGAAACAGAGUCAAGUGUCGCCAGCAACAAAGCAAAAAUCUGCCAUCGGUAUCAGAGUUUCUCAAAUACCGAGCUUGCGACCAAAGUCUACACCAGGAAAGGUCAAUCAGCCUGCCGCCAAGAAACCUACAAACACGAGGGUGUUUUCUAGGAAACAGGUAAACGGUCAGGUAACGACGUAAUUUUGACAAUCGUUUAGAUUUGGACAUCGACUAUUAUUAACCAGGUUCAAUUGUAACGCAUGAGUUUAGCGUAAGACUUGUGUAAUCAAUGUAUUGAACUUAUGACCGAAUUUAUUAAUAGUGGGUACAUGAUCCGUUCUGUGAAUUAUGAAGGACGCGAGAAAGAAUGAUUGAUUAGGUAACGGACGAACGGACAUUCACUGCAAUUAAAAUAUAUUUUUACUUUUCGUUUACAUUAUAAAGAUUCAGAAGUAUAGUUUUGAAAGACAAUCAAUAUUUUUAAGGAACAAAUGAUUUUUUUUAUAUUUUAGUUUUUCAUAUACAUUUAUGUUUAUUUACAAAAAGAUUGUGAUUCGUUUUAAUCAGAGUAAAUCUUGGCGCACGAUGAUUUAUUUUGUGUAUAUUUGUUGCAUUUAUUCUUUAGAAGGGACAAUUGUCGCAAUCCAUCCCACAUUCGACUGUACAUUAGUUUAUAGAACACGAAAGUCACAAAUGAUUACUGGCAUCGAUAUAUUAUUACAAUAGGUAUAACUGGACAAGAAGUUAUAUUCGUUAGCGGAUCUACAUUGCUUAGCUGACGAGCUUGUCGACAAAAAACAACAGUAAAUUAUAAAAUACCAAUUUAAGGUACAAUUUCCUUAUCGAUAUUCACCACAUUGUUAUCGACCUCGAUGAACCAAAUUUAAGACGGACGCCGCGAAAA